UGUGGGACAGGGACGUCAGCGUCGAGACGCCUCAACCACCUGUCUGUCCUGCAAGUGGCCGGCCACACCACAGCACGACAACUCGCCUGACUGCACUCCUGAGGAACCUGUGUCGACACAACAGUUCGUGACACUGACAAGAGUCGUUCAGCGAAUGCCAAGACUUUAUAAAACACGCACAAAAUUAUUAACUACAGCCUACAUUCCUGUGUGACAUUUACAUUGAUGAAAUAGCAGAUAACACUGUCAAAUUCCUUUUUUAAGUUGCAAAAAUUCCACUGACGGAACUGCUGAGACGCGCGUUUUUCCCGUGACACUCCACUUCAAGCGUCAGAGACAGACGCCCUGCGACUGUUUACAGUAAAUAAUGAAGUGGAGAGGCGGUGAUCUGCUCGAAGUGCACGAUGAUUGAAGUAUUCUUGUACAGCUCCGCGAGCAGCGAUUAUUACACAAACGCAGAAUUCAACACAACGGGCGCGAGUGUUAACGCCGUGUUACAGUGCAGUGUUAAUAUCAGUGUUAACGUCGGUGCCGGAGACGAUGCAGAUUUCAACAACUGGUGGGCACUCUUAGCGCUCGUGUUAGUGCUGGGCACGGCGGCGGGGAACAUCUUAGUGUGUCUGGCCAUCACGUGGGAGAGGAGGCUGCAGAAUGUUACCAACUAUUUUCUAAUGUCCCUAGCCAUAACAGACCUCAUGGUCGCUGUGCUCGUGAUGCCGCUAGGAAUUUUAACGCUCGUCAGAGGCUUCUUCCCGCUGCCGUCGAUCUACUGCCUGGCGUGGAUCUGUCUGGACGUGCUGUUCUGCACAGCCUCCAUCAUGCACCUGUGCACCAUCAGCGUGGACCGAUACCUCAGCCUUCGCUACCCGAUGAAGUUCGGACGCAACAAAACCAGGAAGAGAGUCACCCUCAAGAUCGUCUUCGUGUGGUUCCUCUCCGUGGCUAUGAGUCUCCCGCUGUGCCUCAUGUACUCUCAGGAUCACGACUCGGUGCUGGUGGAAGGAACCUGCCAGAUCCCUGACCCGCUGUACAAGCUCAUCGGUUCUAUCGUCUGCUUCUACAUCCCUCUCGGAGUCAUGCUGCUUACCUACGCACUAACAGUCAGGUUGUUGGCUGUCCAGGAGCAGAACCUGGGAGGAGGUGGCGCCGGGUGGUCGAGCGGCUGGCUGGGCCCAGGAACGCCCUCUCUAGGCAUGGAACGAAAGUGCACCUGGCGCAGACUGCUGCUGCCGUCGACUGCCGGGGGGAAGCCGUCGAGGGGUACGUCGUGCUCCACGCCACAGCACCUCAGCCACCUGGCGCACUCGGCCGGCUCCACGGACACGGAGCUCACGACAUUAGACACACACGAGCUGUGGCUUCCGGACUCCAGCAUUCCAGAUCCUACGCCCUCCACGAUGACAGCACUCCAUCAUUUCGGAGCUGAGAUGCUACGCCUGUCACGUGGCCUUGAGAGCGUGGGGAUCGGCCUCUCAACGCCGCCGCCGGGCAAGUCGCCGAUGGAACAGGACAGGAGCAGUGCGCCGGUUCACAGGACCCUCAGCGGGAGAAGCAGUGCGCCGGAAAGCCUGGGCAGUUCGCAGUCAUCACUUCAGCACCCGCAGCUGCAAAACUCAUCGGUGUCUUCCUCACCACACGCGGGCCACAGAAUAUCCAGGCGUCGACGGGCUUCCACAUUCCACGAGACGCUGUCAUUUCGGGAAGACUCGGUCCGCGAUGGCGAGCUGUCUCCGUGCCAGAACUGGCGAGAAUCCACACGGAAACGCGGUUCAAGCUUUCACGAUGAGCGACGACGCAAACGCAAUGCCAGCGAGUCAUCCGCUGCCUCGGAAGAAUCGGGUUCCGACCAGAGCAGCCACCUUGCAAUCAAGGACAUUCACCAACGGACCAAAGGCUCUAACCCUGAAGAUCAAGAAUCCGACUGUGCACUGAACAAAGUCAAACACAACAACGAUUCGGCAUUCGAGGAAGCAGAUACAAGAAAUCAACUGACGCCGGUCCGGAAGAAGUCCUCGGUUUCAUUUCCUUUGCCUCCUUGCACUUGUCCUUACUUCGGCGAAGCUUCGUCUGACAAAACCAAGAGAGUUCCGUCGCCAAAGUCAGAGCUUGUCAUCGUAUCUGCACGGGAAGAAGAACAUCUGAAGAAACAGAAUCUCUGCGUAUCCUCCUCGACCACGAACAGAGCCGAGGCCGAGGAAUCGUCUCUGAGGGUCGAGACAUCUUCCAUGUGCAGCGGAAGUGGCUCGAACCUUCCUUCCCCCGGCAGCAGGCGAGGCACUCUCUUCGCCAACAUACUCCUGGCACGCCACUCCUCUGGCGCAACGCCUUCGACAGACAGCAAUGUGUGUGGUAGCAGCGUGGUUGUGUCCUGGGAUUCGAACUCUACCUCCUCAAGAAUGCAUCACAGAGGAUCCAGUUUCGGAGGAGGCAACAGUGUAAGAACGAUCCUAGUGACAGGGAACAGCGCUUGUUCGGGCCAGUCACAGCACCACGGGAACAGCCGCGGGCCGCUGCUGCGUCGGGCAGCCACCCUGAGACACCACAACGGCAUAUCCACCAAGCCAAGCAAGCCCAUAAGGGCGGGAAACACUUCGACGCCUUGCCUGCUGAUGCGCUACGGCUCGGGAAGGGGGGCUGCCAGCACGACCCCGAUCGUCAGUAGGGCAGGGACCAUCCGGAGCCACCACAGUCGCAACUCCAGCGUCAUCUCUCGCAACUCCUCGCGCCACGGAAGGAUCAUCCGACUGGAGCAGAAGGCGACCAAAGUUCUAGGAGUGGUAUUUUUCACGUUUGUGGUCCUCUGGGCUCCCUUCUUUGUGCUGAACCUAGUUCCCACCGUGUGCGCGGACUGCGAGCGGAACAUCGAUCACGGAGUAUUCGACCUUGUAACGUGGCUAGGCUACGCAAGUUCAAUGGUAAACCCGAUCUUUUACACCAUAUUCAACAAGGUGUUCCGGCAAGCGUUCAAGAAAGUCUUGCUUUGCCGUUACCGAAACAGAAACUGGAGACCGCCGCGGUAACGUAAUUACUAUAAUUAAAUAUUAAUACUCGCGCAUUUCAAAGUCCCAAGACUGAAAGUAUAAAUGCUCUAUAGAAACUGACCAAACGUGCACUUGAAACUAAUGUGACCAUAAAAGUAAGGUCAAAUGUAAUUAACGUGUGACUCUCAUGGAGCGAAGAGACCUUUCGUCUUAAACGACUGCUGUAUAAUCCGGGCCGAAGAAAGUACGUGACGUCCUCUAAGACACAUUUAUAUUUGUGAUUAAACAAAUAAAAUUUCCUUAGUCCGCUGUAAGUUGCAGAGUCGUAAA